AUGUGUGUGUGUGUAUGUGUGUGUGUGUAGGGCACAUCAACUACUGGCAUGUGUUUCAACUAGGGGACAGAAUGACCACAAUGAGAGCAGUUCUUAUCUUUUGUUAUUAUUUGAGGGUGAAAUAGAAUAAAUUUCUAGGUGAAUCAUGUCUUAUAAAAAUAGUUUCUUAUCCUCUUUUUGACUUGAAUUUUACCAUAUCUUAUAGACGGAAAUGUGUACAAGAAAAAAUUACUGGAUAGUGUGAAGCCUCUCAAAGGAAAAAAAGUCAAUGUCAGUAAUCUGGAAACUCUUCUAAAUAAUAUGGAAAUCGAAGUUGGGAAAGAGGAAUAUGAGGACCUACUGAACCAUCUGCCAGUUGAUGAAAAUGAAAUGGUUGAUGUGAAUGUGGUGAUGGAUGAAGCAAAAGCUUUUACAGGAGAAAAAGUUAAUGUCAGUAAUCUGGGGAAUGAGCUGAGGAAAAUGGGGCUCGUACUCACUGAUGAGGAGCACAAGAAGCUGCUGAAAACUCUGCCAAUUUGCACUAAUGGAAAGGUAUAUAAGAAUAGAUUGCUCAAAGGUGUGAAGGCCCUCAAUGGGCCAAGGGUCAAAAUCAAAAAAGUGGAGAUAUUUUUGGAAAACAUGGGAACUAAAAUCAAGGAUGAGGAACUUGAGGAACUCAUGACCCAACUACCAACUGAGGGUGAGACAGCAGUUGACCUGAAUGACUUAAUGGAUGCUGUCAGUUACAUCAAGGGUGAGGUGAUUGAUGUCCAGAACUUAGACAACUUUCUAGUAAGCGAAGGGAUUGAGCUCACGGAAGAAGAAAUGAAGGAGUUGAUGCCUCAUUUGAAAUUUAAUGGAAAUGGAAAGAUUAAUGUUAAGUCAAUAAUGGAGGGCCUGAAGAAGUUUAAACCAAAAGGAAUGGAGACUCUGCAUAAGCUGAAAACUGCAAAUGAUAUUAAAGACAGAGUCACUGGCCACAUGGCAGUUUCAGAAAUUAAACCAAAAUUUAAGCUGAAUCCUCUAACAAAGGUACCCAUCUCCCACAGUAAAAGGGAUAGAGGCUUACCAGGAUCUCUUCAAUGCCAAUUACAACACAAAGAAAAGAAGCUAAGUGCUUCACAAAUGGCAGCUUUCCAAGAUGCCUACAACUUCUUCAACAAGGACAAAACUGGCUGUAUUGAUUUCCAUGGACUGAUGUGCACUGUAGCUAAGCUGGGAAUGAAUCUAACCAAGCAUGAUGUCUAUAAUGAAUUGAAAUGUGCUGAUAUUGAUCGAGAUGGGAAGGUGAACUUCUCAGACUUUAUCAAGGUGCUAACAGAUAAGAAUCUCUUCCUCAAGGCAGUGGUUCCAGAAAAGGAGACCUGUUUAGAUUUAGCUGGCAACCCAGGAAUCCUAUUGUUUGAAAUCCUAUCAAAGCUUCUAGAGACUUCAGCCCUACCCAAAAAGUCUAUACUAGAAAUAGUAAGCUAUUUCCAAAGAAAAUUCCAGCAUACUGGCCCAGGAAUGUUGUGGAGUCCCUACACUAUGGGCUAUGGAAAAAGGACACUUAAGCCAGACAUAUGCACACCUCCAAGCUCAAGCAUGGCUGCCUUUGCUAAUGCUGCCCGGAUUGCAAUAAUGAAAGAAAAGGAUUUAUUUAAAUUUCUUGAAGAGCUCAAGAGAUGCAAUUCCCAUUCAGAUAGCCCAUAUUCAAAAAUACCCAUCUUUCCAUUGUUCCCUAAUGUGGAUGGGGUGGUGAUGGGAAAGCCAUUCAAAGACAUGCAGAAAUUAGAGAUGCUAAGAAGAAAGGAGCCUUUGAAUUUCUUUGAGGAUUAUUUUUUCCAUAAAAGAGACUGGAAAACACAGGCAGCAAAUAUAAAGUCUAUGGACCCUGCCUCAGGUUAUUCAAAUAACAUCACCAUUGAUCAAAUACUCAAGAAAAAGCAGACUUGUACAGUGGCUGAUGAAACUGCUAUUAAACAACACGUGAAGAGAGCUACUGAUACCUAUAAUUUUGGAAUUGCCCUUGAACACCGGAAAGAAAUGCUAAACCUCUGGCAGAAGAUCCGAGGGGAUUUGAUUGGGAUAGACUCUAGAAAUGAGUCCUUUUAUGACACCUUUUCUACUUAUACAUGGUCCUGGAAUGUUUGCCAAGAACUACUUUCUCCUAAGGACUUAAGGUUAUAUGAUGCCUAUGUGAAUAGAAAUUCCUCCCAUAACUCCAGAUCCUUUUCCUCAUCAGAUACCAGUGAAUGUGACACAGACUCAGGAAGAAAAAGAAAACGGAAAGGUUUAAAGGGAUUUCAGUAAUGAAAUUUCUACAUUUUCUAAACAGCUCAUCA